GCCAAUCAGGCUAUCGGCGCAGCCCCGCCCCGGCCGCAGUGUCCCUGCCGGGACUCCGUCCGUAGCCGGGUGGUUGUUGCGACUGAGGGGCUCUGGCGGCUUCAGCCUCCGUGGUGGUUCAUACAGCUGUGAAGAAUGACGUCGAGAGGUGCUGGGACUGCCUUUUCCCGGAGGAACUACAGGCUGAGCACUGAGUCUGAGAAGCCCAAGCUCACAGGGAUAGUGAACAGCAAGCUGCUGAAUGACUAUCUGCACCGCAUCUUCCCCAGUGCUGAUGGGAUCCAGCCUGCAACUGCUUACAGGAAGCCACUGACAUUCCAGAACCUGCAGGAGCACCUAGACAAAUUGCUGGCAGAGGACAGUGGUGCAGAGGACAGUAGAGAUCAGGUAUUAGAGGGGCGACUUGGUCCCUCUACUGUGGUGUUGGACCACACCAGUGGUUUUGAGGGACUCCUCCUGGUUGAUGAUGACCUACUUGGGGUGAUUGGCCAUAGCAACUUUGGCUCCAUCAGGGCCACGACCUGUGUGUAUAAAGGGAAAUGGAUCUACGAGGUGCUCAUCUCCUCCCAAGGGCUCAUGCAGAUUGGCUGGUGCACUCUCAACUGCAGGUUUAAUCAGGAGGAGGGGGUUGGAGACACUCUGGAUUCGUAUGCAUAUGAUGGAAACAGGGUGCGCAAGUGGAACGUCACCACCACCAACUACGGUAAAUCCUGGGCGGCAGGAGACAUCGUCAGCUGUUUGAUAGACCUGGAUGAGGGGACCAUUGCUUUCUGCCUGAAUGGUGUGUCUCUGGGAACAGCUUUCGAUAACAUCACCAGGGGAGCUGGCAUGGCGUACUUCCCCGCUAUCAGCCUCUCCUUCAAAGAAUCAGUCGCUUUUAACUUCGGCAGCCGCCCACUCCGUUAUCCGGUGGAGGGAUAUCGCCCCCUGCAGGACCCGCCCAGUGUGGACCUGGUGAAAGCUCACAAGCUGUUGGGCUACCUGAAGAAUGUUAUUCACAUUGGGAUAGACGUGUUGGAGGGGAAGCUGGUGGAGAAGGACACAUCGACGUGGCAGCUGCAAGGAGAGCCCACAGUGCUGAUCACCCUGACACACAUCUUUAACCACUUUGCACCUCUCAUGUGCAAAGUGUACCUGGUAGAUGAUGUGCUCAUGCACUUCCUGCUGAGCAUUCUGGAGCGAGGAGGGGCUGUGGAAGCACAUCCUCUCAUCCAGCAGCUACUGGAUCUCAUGUGGCUUCUCAUGGAGGAUUAUGAGGUGCAUGAAUGCCUCAAGCAGCUGCUGAUGUCCCUGCUGCGGGCUUACAGGUUCUCUCCCAUCAUCCCAGACCUGGGCUUACAGAUCCACUACCUCCGGCUCACCAUUGCAGUCCUGAAGCACGAGAAGUCCAGGAAAUAUCUGCUCAAUAAUGUCCUCUUUGACGUGCUCCGCUCGGUGGUAUUCUUCUACAUCAAGAGCCCCCUGCGUGUGGAGGAGGCUGGCCUGCAGGAGCUCAUCCCCACUACCUGGUGGCCAAACCGCUUCACCAAAGAGGGCAAAGAGAGCAAGGAGGUAAAGGAGGAGAGUGCCGAGGAGAGGCUGCGCCGGCGGGCAUACGACAGAGGCUGCCAGCGGCUCAAAAAACGCAUUGAAGUGGUGGAGGAACUCCAGGUUCAGAUCCUGAAGCUGCUUCUGAACAACAAAGACCGAGGAGGGGGGGAAGCCUCCAGAUACAUCUUCCUGAACAAAUUCCGCAGGUUCCUUCAGGAAAAUGCCAGCAACCGAGGGAACCUGACUGUACUGUGCCCGCCAGAAUACAUGGUCUGCUUCCUGCAUCGACUCAUCUCCACCUUGCGCUGCUACUGGGACGGGCACAAGGCCAAGGCUCCUGCAGCCCUGAGCAGUGAGGAGGCAUAUGUUCCUCCUCAGCUCUUCUAUAAUGGAAAGGUGGAUUACUUUGACCUGCAGCGACUCGGUGGACUCCUGUCUCAUCUCAAGAAGACUCUGAAAGAUGACCUGGCUUUGAAAGCAAAUAUUCUGAUUGACCCUGCGGAGCUGCAGGCUGUGACCAUGGACGACCUGGAUGAAGAUGAGGAGACCGCAACCUCCACAGCCCAGCGCCCAGUUGCAGCACUGGCCAUUGGUGGUGCCCUUGCCAGGCCCAGUUGGCUCAGCUCACCUACCCUGGGCCGUGCCAACCGCUUCCUCAGUACAGCGGCUGUCAGCCUGAUGAACCCCCGGCGGCCCCUGGGCACCUUGGAGAAGAUGAAAGCACGCACGCUGAGUGUGGAGCAGCGGACAGAGGAUGACAUAGAAGGCAGCCACGGAAAUGAGGGUCUGUUACUGGGGAGACCCCCUGAGGAGCCGGAACAGUCAAUCACUGAGAACUCCCUUCUGGAGAUCCUGGAUGGAAUAGUGAUGAUGUACAACCUCAGCGUCCACCAGCAGCUUGGUAAGAUGGUGGGUGUGUCUGAUGAUGUGAACGAAUAUGCCUUGGCACUGAAGGACACAGAGGAGAAGAUUAGCCGAUGUCCAAAGAGGAGGAGGGACAUAUACGAGGAGCUGGUGAAAAGCCAGAAGGUUUUCUCAGAGAAACUCAACCACCUGAGUCGCCGGCUAGCCUGGAUCAACGUCACCAUCUACUCCAAGGAGAAGAUGCAGGACAUAUACUGGCUGCUGCGAGUGUGCAUCCGCACCAUUGAGCACGGGGACAGGACGGGCUCACUCUUCGCCUUCAUGCCGGAGUUCUACCUCAGUGUGGCCAUGAACAGCUACAGCGCGCUGAAGAACUACUUCAGCCCUGUCCAUAGCAUGGAGGAGCUCCCUGGCUAUGAAGAGACUCUGACGCAUCUUGCUGCCAUCCUGGCCAAGCACUUUGCUGACUCCAGGAUCGUUGGCACUGACAUCCGGGACUCGCUGAUGCAGGCGCUGGCCAGCUAUGUGUGCUACCCACACUCGCUGCGGGCCGUGGAGAGGAUCCCGGAGGAGCAGCGAAUAUCCAUGAUGAGGAACCUGCUGGCUCCCUACGAGCAGCGGCCUUGGGCGCAGACCAACUGGAUCCUCGUUCGGCUGUGGCGGGGCUGUGGGUUUGGAUACAGGUACACGCGGCUCCCGCACCUGCUGAAAACCAAGCCCGAGGAUGCCAAUCUCCCCAGCCUGCAGAAGCCGUGCCCUUCCACCUUGCUGCAGCAGCAUAUGGCCAAUCUGCUGCGCAGUGACUGUGACAUGGCACCCAGCUUCCUCAACAGCGUUCUCAACCAGCUCAACUGGGCCUUCUCGGAGUUCAUUGGCAUGAUCCAGGAGAUCCAGCAGGCGGCAGAGCGCCUGGAGAGGAACUUUGUGGACAGCCGCCAGCUGAAGGUGUGCGCGACCUGCUUUGACCUGUCAGUAAGCCUGCUCAGAGUGCUGGAAAUGACUGUCACGCUGGCCCCUGAGAUUUUCCUCGACUGGAGUCGCCCCUCCUCGGAGCUGCUGCUCAGGAGACUUGCCCAGCUGUUGAACCAGGUGCUGAAUCGCGUGACAGCCGAGCGGAACCUGUUCGACAGAGUGGUGAACCUCCGGCUGCCAGGGCUAGAGAGCGUGGAUCAUUAUCCAAUCCUUGUGGCUGUGACAGGGAUUCUGGUCCGACUCCUCAUGGACACUGACUUCCAAGGGGCCAAGCGGGCGACAGCUGUGCUCCUGGCGGACCCCUGCUUCCAGCUCCGCUCCAUCCAGUACCUGCUGGGCCAUGCAGAGCCAUCAGCUCUGGCAGCCAUGCCUCCCUCUGCAGACAAGAGACAUUUCUCCCUGCACACCUCCCUUCCCUCCGCAGACACCGACUACAUCAGCCUGGAGGAGCUGGCCAAGGUGGAGCGGAUGCUGAGCCACCUGAGUGAAGAGUCAAAGCAGGCAGCUGCCUCCACGCUGCCAACCAGUGAGGAGGACCUGUGCCCCAUCUGCUACGCACACCCCAUCUCGGCCAUCUUCAGGCCAUGCUCCCACAAGUCCUGCAAAGCAUGCAUCAAUCAGCACCUGAUGAACAACAAGGACUGCUUUUUCUGCAAGGCCACCAUCACAGGCGUGGAUGACUUCAUCAAGCCGGUCAGCUCGUAGCAGGGGGCCUGGGCUGGUCCUGCAGGCUCCAGAGGCUCCUUUCCCUCAGCCUCCAGUAGGGGGUGGCCUAGCUCUGGUUAGUUGUGGGCCCUUCCAUGGCUCAGCCCCCUUGCUCACGAGGGUGAGGGUCACCAGCAGAUGGUGGAGGUGCUGCUCUUGCCCUGUCUGAGCCAAGGCUGGGCUUGGCUCGUUCAGCAGGUAUGGGGAGGCCUAAUACAGUAAGGGCUGAGGGGCCACCUUUCCCUGGGGAGGCUAAUGCCAGCAUGUACUCACCACCACAGCCUGUUGGAGCCUGGCUGCCCCCAGGGCCUGUCCUGCUGCUGUUGCCAUUUGCUAUGGAGCAUUUGUUCAUGUGUGAGCCUAUGCGCUGCCUGGGACUGGCAGUGCUGUGUUGAGCCACUGCCAGCUUCCCUUUGCUGGGGGUGAGGCAUGCUUUGGCCCCAGCUCUAGGUACCAGGCAGCCAGACUGAGGAGAGCUACUGUUUCUGUGCUAAGCUAGACAAAGAGCAGAGGCUGUUCACAGCUGGCUUGGUCUAGGCCUGGUGGCUGAGUUCUCUGCUGGGCUGUAAUUGGCUGGGAUCUGGCAGCCUGCAGUCCCCCAGCUUCAGCCUGGUGGGGGCGAAGUAGGUGGCACCUCACCCUGCAGCUCCUGGAGGAUGUGCUAGCUGGCAGCAGGGUUGGGGAUCCCUGCUGGUUUGUGCAGGAGCCUUGGCCUGGGUCUCAGCUGGGGACAAGGCUAAUGCUUGAGCUCUGCUGCAGGUGGGGUGGGACUAGCAGUGGUGUGUGAUUUGUGACCAGCCCUGUGGGAUUGCUCAGUACUGUGCAUUGGGUGCUGUGUUACCUGCCCCAGCCAGGGUCACUUCCCUGCAUGGGAGUAUUAAAUUAUUCUUCUUUA